AUGGGACAAUUUCAACUUGUUAACAGGUUUGACUUCAAAGAAGGACCUGAGUUAUAUUAUGGAUUAAAUCAAAUCCAAGAUGAAGAGCCACUUGAAUAUUUCGAAAAUGAAGCAACCACUCCAGAAUUAGUUUCAGAGGACUUGGAUAAAGAAGGACAAUAUCAUGAAGUUGAUGAAAGUGAAGUGCUGGAAAAAGCACAAAACUUUUAUAUUAAAUUAAAUGGUGAACCUGAACCUGAAAGAUAUGAUACUUGGAUGAAUAAUAAUCUUGAAACAUGGAACAAAGCAAGAGAAAGAGCUUAUUUCAAAGCUCAAGAAGCUUUAGACUAUUUGUGGGAAAGUACCCUCACAUAUUUAAAUGAAGGAUAUAUCUGGCAAAUGAAUGAAUCUUUUAACAAUAAUAGAGAAGCUGCUAUUGCUAGAUUACCUACUAUACUAGAUUUAACCAAGGAUAAUUGGUUAAAACUGGCAAA